GUCCCUUAUCUUUUCAGCAAUAUUAAAUUGCAUUGCAGAUUAGGGUAUUUAGGCCAAGUGAAUAAUGCAAGAUAACGACGGCUCUCAAAGUGGGACCUCCAUAAGCGUAGAUUCGCUGGGGACUGACUCCGACCAGCACAGAGAAGAUUUAAUAUUGAAAGAUGAAAAAUAUGUUGAUGAUGACGUACCCGUGACGUCAGAGCCAUCUUUGUUUUGUAGACGAAUGAAACGCAUUGGCGUUUGCCAGCUCUUAAUUGCGCUCGCAUGUAUCACUAUCUCGAUUCCGUUAACCAUUGAGGUGGACAGACGGUCAGCAGGCAGCGGAAUAUGGUGUCCAAUAUUUUUUGCAACCAUGGGUGGUUUGAAUGUGUCAUCCGCCGGGAAACUCAAGUCCAUCAAGGUUAUGUGGUCGUUCGCCAUUACAAGCAUCUAUUUUGCGGGCCUCAUGCUGUGUGUCGAGCUGAUUGAAUUAUCGAUCACAGUGGGUGAACAAUCAACAAUUUUAACGGUGGGAUUGGUUCUUCAUUCUAUAUUGGUAAUGUUGGCGUCUUGCGUGAUUCUGCUUACCAUCUUAUCAAUAAUCAUCUGCUACAGAGAAAACAAAGCCUACGGGAAACAGAAUAAGUUUAACAAAUACAAUGACCGGAGGUCUUCAGAAAUACUUUAUUCUGAACACGGAGGACUUGAUGCUGUCAUUGGAAGAAAAUCUCGUUCUACGCAACAUUGCUAACUACCAAUAUAGUUGCCAACCAAAACUCCGUGACUGCUGCUAUAAAGAUAUUGCGACCCCGAAGGAAAACACGCCCAUCUACAUAGCUGCUUAAUGUACCUAUAUCUUAUUAUAUGGCGAAGUUCCAAUCUUUUGUAUGUAAUUAUUACAAACAUUACUUUUGUUUAUAUUUAUUUUAUGUGGCGUAAAUGUGGUAGGUAUUUUAUUUGUAAUAGUUUUUUUGUAUAUAUCCACCACACACCGUUAUUUGUAAAUUUAUUUUAUUUUCUUGUGGCUGCCUGAUCAGUUAACCCUUGGAUCACCUUGCCAAUAAAUGACUCUCAUGAUGCUUUAACACGCCAUGUUAUACCAUAACACUAAGCUGCUAGUAUGUACGCUGGAGGAUACAAUAAGCAUAUAUCCGCCAAUUCUUUUAUGCAAAAUUAAAAAUGUCUAACAUUC